UUUCUUGCAGCGGGUGCCUUUUCUCAGGCGCAAACCUGUCAACCGAACCAACCAUCAUUCAAUGUAACGCUGAGAGCCGGCAGCGCGUCGGGUAAUUUCUGGAAACUGGGUCCAGUCAAAGACGUCAAUCGUUGUGGUCAACUGUGCUGCCAACAUCACAAGUGCGACCUUGCCUUUUCAGUGGAUAACGUUUGUUAUAACGUCGAGUGUUACAACAAGAAAAUGUGUCGGUUGAAAAAGAAGAAUUUUUCACGACAUCAAGUUGCUGUGACUAUGGUAACAAGAAUAAACAAAGAACAUCAACGUAGAACUAAAGAUCGUCACGUGAAUAAAGCAGUUAAUGCACAUCAAACUGUCUUUAAUAAAGGGAUUGAUAACUUAUCAACAGCUGGCGAAAGGAAAGAUGUUUUCAAUCAAACCCAGGAUGAGGAUGGAGGCUCGAAAGAGUUUGAUAACAAAUUUGACAGCCAUUCUUUUACAUCGUUAGAAAGCAAGGAUACAGGCGUUGGGUUUGAAUUGCAAAAUUCCUUUCCAACCAAAGCUGUUGUUCGUUUAGAAUCAAAACUCUCGCAAGAUGGCAGUGAGGAUGCAGAAUCGGCUAGUUCUGGAUCUUGUCGUGCGAGAAAAAUUCUUCGCAAAGUAACUUUACGCUCUGGACUCCAAUCAGGUGAUUUUUCUGAUUACGGUCAAGUGUCUGACAUCGAGGCAUGCGUGAGACAUUGCUGUGCUCAAAAAACUUGCGACGUAUCUCUGUUGUUGAAAAAUCACUGUUACACAUUACACUGCCAUAAACCAGAGCUAUGUGAAACCAUACCCGCGCACGGUUCGAAGUUAGACCCACAACUUGCAUUCGUUGUUCGUUCUGUUACAGAUGACCAAUCAAAUACGCGAAUUAAGAAGAAAACCUCGUCUUCAGACAGAGGCGUAUGUCCCCAUGGCGCCAUUUUCAGGGACGUUAGUCUCAAAGGAGGCAAAAAGGCGGGAAAAUUUCAAAUCAUGGCGCGUACUAGUGACAUGCGCACUUGUAUUCAGAAGUGCUGCGCAAGCCCCAGCUGUCAGGUGGCCUGGUUACUUGGAGAUUACUGUUACUCAGUGGCUUGUUACGACAAAUGUAUUACAAUUAAAAAGGGCUCCAGUGAUAUUAGGUCCCAGCUCACACUCCUAACAAGAAAAUCGCAACAGACUGAAAACGACAGUAAGUUGACGUCAUUGGUAUUAGCCAGUAAAUACAAAGUAAUCAGUACGGGCGAAAUUGGGGAUUAUUAAAAAAGGGCGUAUGCAGAAAACGGGUGUUCGAUCAGAAUAGAUAUAAUUUUUUUUCCAAACGAUUUUUUCCUUUGGGAACAAGGCUGUUGUGAUUGUGAGCUUCUUAAUUUUUGCAUCUGGGAGAAGUUCCCAAGCACGCUUUAUCAGCAGCUAAGUUUCGUUAACUAUUACAGGAUGCCGAGUCAAGUCUCUGGUGAUUUACAACUCUCUUGUCAUCUAAAUCAUUUUUAAGAAGGUGCAACUUGUGAGAAUUGAACUAACGCAAGUGAAAGACUACACUAAGACAAUUGAACCCGGAUUCAACGUUUCCACUCACGUUUGCAUGCAUACUGUACGUCUUUUAAAGCUUUUGUCAUUCACAUUUUUUUCAGAACGACAAGACAUACCAGGAGCUAAAGGAAAUACAGGUUAGUGAAACUCGUCAAAAGGUAACUGUUGCAGUUGUCUUCUUAGUUGUCUUCUAAGUUAGCUUAGUUAGAAAAGCGCCGGUCUGCAGAGCGGGAGGCCGCGGGUUCAAUUCCUGGCACGAACCAACACUCAAGGUCUUUAAAUAACUGAGAAGAAAGUGCCGUCUCUGUAGUAAUGACAUCUGCAAAGAGUCAGACAUUCUAUUCGGAUAAGGACGAAAAACUGUAGGUCCCGUCUCACAGCACUUUCACUCGUUUGGUUCUUGUGGGACGCAAAUGAUCCCACACCAAUGUUCGAAAAGAGUAGGGGAUUUAGAUCCCGGUGGUGUGGUCAACCUCUCCUGGGUUGGGUGGGUUAUCUGUAGGGAGAGAUCUCAAUUUCGGGACAACCGUACCUCAUGAUCCUCCUUCAGCUGUUGUAAUGGCUACCUGUAAACAAUGUAUUUAUGUAUGUGUUUGUAUUUUUUUUUCUCGACAGACAAAGUGUUUAGAGUGUUUUUAACUCUCACUGACCAAGUGUUUAGAGAUCAACUCAAGGACAUUGAAUCCCUUGAAUUUCUUAAUCUUGCAGAGAAGCUUCAAGUUGCGGUAAGAGAUAUUUGUAUUAACAGGCACAACCUUAGGUAUAACAAGGAACCCUGUAGUUAAAGCUGAUCAAAAUGAUCAGGUGUGAACAAACCAAGAAAACAGAGUAACCGCGCCAUUAGUCUCUCAGCUCCGAUAUCCUGAUCACGUGACCUACCCAAUACAAAUCUGAUCGCUGUUUUCUUCCAUCAGGUUUCGUCAGUAUUUGUCAAUGAACCAUCAUUCAAGACAGAUGAAGUUGUUUCUUUCCAGUGAGUUAUUUUCAGUAUUUUUGUAUUUACUAUUUAUUUGAAUUUACUGUUGUCUGUUUCCUCAUCAAUUAUUCAAGAGAAGCGCUAGAAAAUACAACCGAACAUCAAAGGUCAUCUUGUCAUUUUUACUAUACUUUUGAAAGUUCAAUUAUACCAAUACAACGUAAAAUUCCUAACUGUUUACCAAAAACGCUAUAGGUUUGAAACUGAAUUGCCCGGCCAACACUUGGUCAAGCGCGCAAAAAGUUUUGAAGGAGAAUUUCAUUAUUUGGUCAAUUCUUACUAGUAUUUCUCAUAAAUGGUACAUGAAAACCCUCUAAAACAGAAAACACCUCAGCCCUUUGACCUGGCGGGGGUGAUUAAUUUUGGCUUCAUUUUUACAUGAUCAAUUGAAACAUUGGCAGGAGGUAUUUUUUUUAGCUAAUCACAUAUAGCAACGACUCUAAAGCGAAAACAAUUCUUUGAGCGUUCUUCCCUCUCACCAGGCCAUCUCCAGUGGUCGCUCAGCUGACACUAGCCAUGACAGCACAAACGUCAGUAUCCAAGGUACUCAAGCCUUUGAUAGAUGCUGUCAUAACCGGUCAGCUGAAUUCCUCCAUCGACGGAAGUCCAAUUAGUUUUAAAGUGAGCAAUACUGGCUUUCGCUUUCUUACGUCCAACGGUAAGUAUUUUAAAUCACCAUGACUGAUCGCUCACCAAGAAAGUUCUUCAUCCUGAAAAUAACUAGCUUCAGGUCGGCCUUUAGCCUUGAACGUAACUUGUCAAUCAUUUUCCGAUCCGAGCUGCUGUUAACUGGGAACGAGAUUUACCCGUGGUGCAACGUAACCUCGGGCAGGGUUGGCUAAAAGCGCUGGCCCGUAGAGUGAGAGAUCGCAGGCUCGAUUUCCCUGCCAGGAAAAUACUCAGAAUCUCUUAAUAACGAGGAAGAAUGUGACUCCUUUGCCCAGUGAAUGGCUAGUACUUCCACCCUGGGGACGAGAUUAGUAGUCUGGACGACCCUUAGUAAAAUGGCUGUCUCGUAAAGGGGAACGUAAAGGCAGUGUUUUCAAUUCUUCUUCUCGCUAAAAACAUUGACAAAUUUUAACCUUUGGGGGUAAAAAGCAUAGCAACAGUUUUUAAUAGGUGUUUAAGAUAUAUAUUCUCUCAAGUGACUUACAAGAUAUUGUUCGAUAAAUGUUUUUGCUGAUCACCUCUCUUUAAAGGGGUAAACUUGGUAUGUGGUGCAGAACACGAUUAUGACGUAAGCUGGAAACUUAUGAUGUUCAACUCGACUGAUACCGUAAUAUGUCCUCGUAACGCGCAAGGUAUUGUACCUACAUGAAUCUAAUGGGUAUAUAUCGUAAAACGAGGUCUACGUAUACUCUUAAUGACUAGGAGGUUGCCGUUAGCAUAAUUUAGAUAUUAAAAAACGGCAACAUUCCGCCACUUUAAAAAUGAGACGGAAAUUGAAGCCCAAAUGCGUGCUACAAUUGUUUCUGGGAUAAUUACUGGGGAUGCGCUGGUCAUCUAUUGGCCAAUUUUUUUCCUGCCCCUAGUAAAAGUCCCAGGUCCCGAGUCCCAUUUGCAAAACCGUACUCGGCUACCUCCCUUCUCGCUUGUAAAGUGAUGAAUUACAGAUAUAGAAACGCAGAACACCACAUGGAUGAAGUAAUAAGCGUCGAAGCGCGGAAACUCGUUUAAGUUAUACUUUCAUCGUGCCUACCACAAGUAAACGUUAACUACGAGGAAAAAUUUCUUGUUCAUGUUGCAGGGAAAACGAGUAGGUUUUGCGCUGGGAGUGAAACCUUGAAUGCUACUUGGCAGGCGCCAGAUUUUAGUGAAUGCGUCUCUCCAGCUUAUAAAACACUACGUCAAGAGGUAAGCCAUAGAACGUUUAACAACUUGGGGGUAGCUGUUAGAAAAAAUUGUACAAUCAAGGGGUCGGUGGUGGUGGUAGCCUGUUUAAGGCGUUCGGGGAUUGUGGGGACAGCGCAAAGAAGUGUGAGCAGGAAAAACAGGGAGGGGGUGGGAUGAGAGCGUAGAAACUCUUUCUCUCCCUCUCCCUCCCCUCUCCCUCGCUUCCUCUUCCCGCUCUAUGAAUUGGUGCCACUCACCACUAGCUGAAAGCCUGGAACAAGCUAUGGUGGUAGUGGCGGGAACAAUGAAUGUUUCUGAAAGCAAGAAACAAACCUUUAGUGAUCUUUAGUGAUACACGAAGUUAAUUAAUUCCAUCUCACACGAGAUUCCGUUUUAGAGGAAGGCCAAACCGGUGUGCACUAUACUACUACGCUAUUCAAGUAACAGUUGUGAUAUUAGCCUGAUCUGAGUAUUUCUGUUCUGUUUUCUUUUCUUUUUGUCAGACCAAAGAUCUCGCUGACAGAGCGGAGAAAAAGCUUCCAUUUGCCCCAGUAAGCUCAGGUCAGAUCAUCUCCCGCCUUGAGAAACUGGUUUUCACAGAUACCUUUAGAGAAGAGCUUUACAAGAGCUCCCUCGCGGAUCAGAGGAAGAAUAUGGCAGCUAAGAAAAGAAAAAAUGGGAAGAAGGGCUCAAAACUACACGACAAACCAACCUUUCUAAAAAAUACCAUCAAGGGAGACAAAAAAGAAGAUCCGAAUUCUGUUCCAGUUACGGAAAUUCCAAGAGCUCCUCCUGAAAUUUUACCAACGACGCCAGCGCAUAAGAGUAAAGACCCCAAUCCAGUGUGGUUUUCUGCGGCAAAAACAAAGUUAUUCGCAUCAAAUCCUAGGAGUAGCUUAGGCAGUAAAAAUUUAAACCUUCCCACCCCUACUCGUCUCUUUGAAACAACUCCGCCAGUAAGGGCUUCAUCCACCACUGUUUCAGGUCUUCCUGUGCAAAACAGUGGUAACAUGAACAGGAUACCCACUCAAGCUUCUCUUCCGCAGCAGGCUAGAGUUUUGGGCCCCACUGAAAACAUGAAUUCUUUUUCGAGGUCGCAAAUACAGAGCAUUGCUCAGUCAAAUGCAGCGAUUGAAAGUCAGAGGAAAAAUCCAGGAGUUUUGAAUCAAGCGCAGUAUAAAAGCUUAUCUGCGAUGCGUAACACUUUUCAGAAAGCUCAACUUUAUCAAUCGCAAAACCCACGACUUGCUCCUGGCUACAGGAGAUCACCAAAUCCUUAUGAAUUGCGGGGUUAUCAAAACUGGCAAGGUAACCGAGCAGCAGGAUAUCAGAGAAGCUGGGGACAAGGUUAUUCCCCGCCAAGUUAUUCUAGUGAGCAACUCGACAUUGGAAGACGAAAGAGAGACGUUGACGAUGGCAGUAAAAGGCAACGACGUCAAAACACUGUGUGGUAUAACACUCGGCAGUAUCCUUCACAAUACAACUACCCGGCAAUGCCAGGGAUGAUACCAAGAACAAACUAUAUACCGUCAACAAACUAUUAUCCACAGAACAACUACCAAAACGCACCAAACCAAGCCGCUGCAAAUACGUAUCAAACUGGAUAUCAAAGGUCACCUUACGGGAAAUCUCUCGGGAUGAGACUUUCACCCGCUGCUCAACGACGGCCUCAAACAAUCGUUGUUGCACCAGGUUCGAGGAGUGAUACUCAGGCGAAAGCGUCAUACGGGACACAGCCCGGGAUUCUCUCGGGCGGUCAUCCCGCGCCCGUUGAGCGUUGGCCUGCACUCGCUAACAUAGUUCAAAAACCAACGCAGCCUUUGCGUCCUCAAAACGGAGGAAAAUCCGUUUCCCCUUCUGUCAAAUCCAAUAUUGCAGUGAACACAAACCAAAAGCCAAAUCAAAAUGUGCAAAUCGACCAGACAGAGAAAACCAGUAAAGUUGUGAGCCCCACCACUUCAAAAACGUCUUUUGCUCACAAGAAGCAAGAAGUUAGUGGCUCAAAAAACGCAGGGCCUCGAAAGGAUCUCUCAAAAAAGCUCCAAGAUCUCUCAAACCCUAAUCCGCGUACAAUGACUCAAGCUAUCACUCACAAGCGUCAAAACAUAACCGUUUCUCCACUUUACAGCGACGAAAAGCACGUGGUGCCCAUGUUUGCCGGGGACAUUUUACUGUCGGCAGGAGUGCUGCAAUUACUACAGAAAUUUGCGCGUUUGUCGGGCUCAAAGGUCACUGAAACAGAGUUAAAGGUAAGGACAUCUUCUACUUACUGUGACAACAAAAACAGAAUUUCAUAGACGUAAAUUUAGAAAGUGAAACGAGAAAAAAGAUUCAACUAACAUACCGAGGGCGUAGCCAGCCCAUAGACUUGUAGGCCAGGGCCUAUAAAAGUUUUGGUUUGAUCACUCUACCGCUUGUAAUAAAUUAUGCGUUGUUGGGCUGAGCUAAAAAGCUUAAGAGCUCAAAGUCUUGGUGAGGACAGUGCGUACUGGUCAUGCGUGCAAUUUUCAAGAUAUGUUGAAAUGAAAGUCAGCCAGGCCUACAAAUAGUCGAAAAGCUGGUAACGCCCCUGCAUACGUAUCGUUCACAAAUUAGGGCAGGGAAUUUCUAAGAAUGUCAUUUUGCUUUCAGUAGCUUGCGCAACUGGCAGUUUCAUUGCACCGCGGUAGAGGAUUCGCCGCGAUCUCUUUCAUGACACAGCAAAAAACAGCAAGUUAGUUAUUCUACAUUUCGGAAGGGAAAAGGAAACUUUCCAGUUUAUUUUGUAAUAAAAAUAGUCGAGUUUUCUGAUCAAUUGAGGUUUCUGGGUAACUGUUACCUACUCUUCUCCUAAGUCAACAUUAACACUGUCGCUUACUUCUCACUUAGGGCGAAAUUGUGACCUAGGGGAGCCGUAGGUGGUCAGUUAGCCAGAAACCACAAUUGAUACCGAGUUUUCUACUUUCAUUCAUCCAACCAGGGAACUUCAUACCCAUUUGCAAUCAGUGCUCAUUUGAUGUGGGCGUACGGGAAAUAAUUCGGGUCUCAUACUCUGCCGAGACGGGAUUAGUAUAUAGGCCGUAUGCUUAUUUGCAGAGUGACGUCUGUUAACUUUUUUUAUUUCAUUCUCCUCAUACAACAGACCUUUGUAAAUGCCAGUAGCCAUCUCUUGGAUCUAAAAAACAAACAAGAAUGGAUUAAUGCACAAAAGGUAAUCAAACUGAACGCUUAGACUCUCCAGUUAUUAAGAAUGUUUGAAAUCAAAAUAUUUAAUAUAUUUUUUUAUAUUUUUUAUAUAUUUUAUAUUUUUUUGUAUAUAAUAUUUCUAUCAAAAUAACACAAAGUAAACGUUAACUUUCAUCAGUAACUCGAAAGAGGCUUAAUUCGAAUGAUUGUGCUCACACUCUCAAAACUAGAGUUAGAGCUUCAUUACACAUCUUCAUUGCUCACUCGGAGAUUGACAUGCAAUCGAUGACAUAUUUGCGAGCGACAAGAGGAGCCUGCAAUCCUAAUCUCCAGGUUGUUAUUACACAUGCGUCGCAUGUAUGUAGCCAGCAUCCGUUUGGACUAACACUAAGAAUGAAUGGAAUGCACAGAAGGCAAUUUGAUCACGCGCGUUUUGACUAUCUGCCUCGUAAAACUUACGCAAAGCAUAGCAAUGGAGUAAGAGCGUUUUGUCGCCCGCACUCUCUAACCUUUGGUUAUUACUAGUUUAAAUUAUAUUUUAAACCUUUCCUAACUUUUUGCGCCUGCGCAGCACGCAGAGGCUCUUUACAAGAAGGGCAUCAAUGUCCUGGAAGAUAGCAGCAAUUGGGACUGGGACGAGUCUGAACAACUAGCGGUAAGCCGGAAGGACACACAUUCAGUGCUUUGCUAAUCAAAAUUGUAAAUACUAAAUGUAAACUACCAUUCUUGUCCCCAGAGCUGCGACCCUAUUGGCCAGCGCUAAAUAUAGCUCUGGCUAGGGCCGAAGUAGGAAGUCCGCAAAACACGGACUCAUGGCAUUCUGUGCAGCCUCAGAAAUUUUAAACAAUGACGAUUACCAUCGGUUUUAAAAAAGAAGGAAAACUACUGGGCUUGUGCAUUAUCUUGACUCCAGUCAGGGCACUCUAUCCAUUAGACUGACCUCAAGGAUCGCAGCUAUGAGGACAAGACUGUCAGACUCCCUCGUAGAGACUUUACUGAUAAUAUUGACAAAAGUACUUAAUCAUAUCUGGAAAUGACUUUACGCUACUGUGAUACGAUCUUUUUUAUUCCUUUUGGAAAGAGCUGUAAAACCGGUUAAACCACCUUAAAAUAGCACAUGAACGUAUGAGAAUGAGAUUCCUCCGCAUGUUAUACAUGAGACAAAAACAAAAGGCUAUGACGUCAUGGGCUUUGAUUAUUCCACUUCACACUAAUGAGAUUCCACUUCAAAAAAGAGAUUUAUUCCUUCCCUACUAUACUACUAAGAAGACAGUAGUCUAGUAAGUGAAACUGCGCCUUUUAAAAGUAAUAAGGCUUGUAAGAGAUAAAAUUCGUGAAAUGCUCCUGACGUUUGGAAGUGGCAUCUCUUUAAAAUCAUUUGAAUCUUUUUGAAGUCCUUUUCAGGACUAUGGGAGUGAUAUUAAAGGCUAUUUUUCUAAUGCUUGAUAAAUUGCAAACACGCGUUAAUGACAGUUUUCUUUCUUAUACAGUCUCAAGACGACUCUUUUAUCGGACCAGUUGUGUUGGAUCUCGUAGGAACGGUACAAGCAUACUUCAUGAAAGCGUCAAAUAGUAUUUCACUUAACAAGCCUCUUGUGACAAAAAACAUCCGUAAGUAUGGACAAAAUUUGAAGUGAAAAAUAUCUCAAGAAAAGGAUUAUGAAGCUUUUUUGUCUAGGAAAUAAUUUAUUAAAACGUUUCUGCGAGAAAAGUUGAAAACGGCUGUAGAACAGGGACGGGUGUUGUGUAGCAUGGCUCCCAGUCCCUUGCCGUCCUGCUUUUAAACUUGCGCCAAUAAAAUACCCCUUCAUUUUCAUGUUAAAUUUAGAAAUACACAACUUUACUAAAAAAUUCAACCUUAGUUGGACAGCCUACCAAAACUUUACAUCUCAAAGGCACGUGACAAGGCGGCCAUGUUGCUGGUCAUUUAAUACAAUAGAAUAUUUUUUCUCGAAGAAUCUCCAUGAAAUUGGAGUUAAGUUCCCAGAGCCUGAGAGAAAUGCUUUUGGUCUUGACCAAGAAUUGUUAAUAAAAGAGCAGUAAAUGCGAUUCGAACGCUUUCAAGGUUCAUUACAACAAUGACUCAUAAUUCCCUUAACCCAGCAUGUACCUUCACAAUAUGAUCUUCUAAACCUUUUUUUGUAGUCCUUGGAGUCCAUACGUUUGGCCCAGACAACUCGAACCCUUCGAGACCAAUGUCAUUUCCCAACUACUCCGACCCACUUGUGGCAAACUGGAGCAGUGGGCGGGAUUCUAUUACUCUGACACCCAGCAUAUUCGACUCGGCUUUGCUAGGUACGUAUUGGCCAUUCAAGGUCGUAUCAAACUGCACUGUGGGACUGUAUUGUGGGACGAAUUUUGACUCACUUUGCCGUGAAACCUUUGAGGCUGUGCGAGAGACCGGGUCGAGAUGGUUGUCAAAGUGCAUUCUGGGACUGUUUUAGGCGACACAUUUUCGACAUGGCGGCAAAUUCGUCCCCCAAAACAGUCCCAGAAUGCGCUUUGACAACCAUCUUGAUCUGGUCUCUCUCGCAACCCCAAAGUGGCGAAUAGCCAAUGCAAAAAGCUACAGCGUUCCCCAAACUGUUUCAUUAAUAGUGCUAUUUCAAAGAACACCAAUCCAUGCAAAGGACUCUGAAUGGAUAAUGAAGUGUUCUCAUUUUAAGUCCUAGUGAUCAAAUCUGACUGUGUUUCAGUGGAGCGCUAAAUAGACAUAGAUUUGACCCCGAAUAAGAUUAAAACGACUAACCUCAUAGAAACCUUAUAUUUUUUGCUUCAUUCGUUUCGUUCCUGUUUUCCUUCGGCAGUAACGGCUACGCUCUUUCAGCUUGUAUGCUUGGUAAAGCUUAGUUGAUUUUGAUGAUAUGCCUGUAUAAUUGAACAAGAAAAAAUAUUGAGAACAAGACACUUACAUUUCCCCUGAUCACUAAGACUACAUAUUUUUUUCGAUAGGAAACAGUGUUAAUGUUCGUUUAUUAACGUCGCGCUUCAAAACCGUUUCUCAGCUGCUUCCCGGCGAAAACGACAGGUAAAAGAGUUGUUAAUAUAAAAUUAAAAUUCAAUCUUAGUUCAUCAUCAGACAUAAGAAAAGCCGGUGGGUGUAUAUAACUGAGGAAGAGUCGUAAAUACCAAAGCCACGGAUCUGAACUAAUCAGAACUCAACACAUACAUGUAGCUGUCGCUAAACGUGACGGUGACAUGGUGCAGGAAGUAAAAGCGAGUCACAAUUGAGCGGGGAUUAUUGCCAGUGGGAGGGGGCUUUGAGACAAACUUUUUAUGAGACUAGGAUCCAGAGAACAUUUUGGGUAGGAAAAUGGAGAUUGUAACCUCGACCUUAAGAAACCUCACGAUAAGUUCGGAUUUCACUCUGAUGAAAUCGAGAAAGAACCACAGUAUUUUGAUCAGGUUACAAAGGGUAGAACUGUAAAUCAAUCACCGCCUGAGUCAUUGAAAAGAAUAAUGCUCUAGAGAAGGUUUUUAUUUCUCUCCAUUUUUUACGCUUGUUUCCUUAGCGGUUUGGUAUUAAACAGUGAGAUUUUGUCGAGUACAGCACAACCAGACUUGGUGGAUAAUCUCAACCCCCCUGUGAAGAUUGUCCUGUCAGUUUUAAACGUAAGUACAGCAAUAUACAAACUAAAACAAAGAUUUCCAAUUAAAUUAUUUUGAAACUGGACGUUUUGCACAAAAUUAUCAUCUCUUUAAUCCUUGAUCGCAAAUACCGGAGCACAUGAUGAUGUGCUUUAAGUUAACUAGAGUGGCAUGUUGAUUUGAGAUGUGGGUAGGAAGAAUUUAUCUCAUUUAAAUACCAGUGGAAACGCGAAGAGGUAACAAAAUUUUCUCUCGUUUCAGUCCAGUUUGGUCAGGUUUGAACAGCAGUGCGUGGCAUGGAAUUCAAAAGGAAGGUUAGUAAAGGUGACAGCAGAGGGUUCCCAAUCUUUAAUCCCGUAAUCCAGACCCAAAAUUUAGUGCAACCCCGUAAUCCUGAUGGUUAUUUUUCUUUCAAUCCCAAAUAUCGCCCCGAUUUUGCCUCGAAAUGCCGAAAUCCGAGCUUCAAAGAAGGAAAAUCCUAUACUGUGGACCAUCACAGUAGUCUACGUGGCACUGGUUUGAAAGGGAAAGAACGAAAAAACGCGCGAGAAAGGAUGAAAUGGAAAGGUUCCGUUCAUUUUUCCUCGCUCGCGCUCCUCCAUCCCUCGCACGCCCCUCUUUCCGUCUCCCUAAAGCCCUCUCCCUUCCUCUUUCGCGCGCACUUCCUCCCUCUCUCCCUCGAGUCCCCUUCUUCUCUCGCCCCUACUCCCUCAUUCCCCCUUUUCCUCUCCCUUACGACACCUGCUAAACAGGGUUAAAGAAUAGUGAAAUCUGAAUCUUUUAUCUGAAUUGAACUCCCGAUAAAAAUGUCGCGGUCAUGCACCUGCAACUGAUGAUGCCACUUUAAUGAUGUUUCUCAACUUUGCAGCCAUGGAGCAGAGGGCGGGAAGUGGUCGUCGGAAGGAUGUAAACUAACAGCUUCUAACGCCACUCAUACCACGUGUGAGUGUAAUCACAUGACGGACUUUGCUGUACUUGCGAACAGCAAGCAGGGCAUGGUUGGUACUUUUUUAUGUUUACCUUCAGAUCACAAGACAGUUAUUAAGUAUAGACACUCUCACGUUUCAGGUUUUCUGAAAAGAGAACGAAAAAUCACAAUCUGAAUCCGAUACCAAAAUAUUCCGGAUUGGUAGCGAAUAUGCACAACACCCUCAAGUGUAAACUUAUCAACCUAUGUGGAGCAUGAUUUGUUGCUCGAUUUCUAACUUUUGUCCUGAGCGCAUCCGCGUACGAUUUACAUCCACACUGAUCUAAGUUAUCAGUGUAGAUUGCAUCAUGAUAUGCUUGACGUUUCGCUCUUUUCUCGCGCUUCAAUAGUCCAUUUUAUAGUUACAGGUAGAAACGAGGCUGGAGUUGACCUUGUUUUGACACGGCAACCCAUCGACCCAGUCCACCUCAACAUCCACUUUUCCAAUACAGUGUAUGAGGAAAGUGAAGUUACAUUUUUUUAAUGCAGGGUGUAGGGGCUCCUCAUCCGUCUGCCGCAGUACCUUCCGCCGGGUCGAGUAAAGACCGCAGCUGGAUAGGAAUUUUACUGGGGAUUCUUUUCUUGCUGCUGUUUAUCAUAGUAGUUCUUUUGCUACUCUUCUACUGGAGGUAUGUCAUUCAAGUUUAUAACCACAUAUCUUUAUUUUCCUACGAAAGAAGCUUGAUUGCAGGAUUCAAAACCUUUCCUUCGCAAUUUCACGAAUACGGAAGCUAUAACAGUGAUACUUGGAAUACAUAACAUGUCAACAGAUAUCUAAGCUAAACUAGUCCACUUGAAAUGAUAAUCUUACAUGACGUCAUCGACUCAAUAUUACGUCAUGAUUUUAUAUGACCGCCAUCUUGGAUUUCCACCAUGUUAUAUUAGUGUUAAAUAGGUUCAAAAUUAAUCAAAAGCAAACGAAACUAGCUAAAAUUUUUUUAAUUUAUCAAAUGAACAGGAAAAAAAGAAGGAGCCAAGAUCAAGAAAGUACGCCUCGAUCGCGAUCGGGAGGUAAAGAUGUCAGUGCCUUUGGUGUACUAAUUAAACUAAGUUGUCGCGUUUAUUUGAAAGUUUGAAAAACACUGUUGUGGUUUGUUACGAAGAAAAUAACCGACAAAACGAUACUGAGGUGGGAACAAGAUUUAUAGACUUCACGCAAAGGUUGUGUCGUCAUUGUGGCUUACACGGCAACAGUCGUGGUUGGUUCUGAAAAAGGUGGGAAAAUCAUUUAGGAGCAUUUAGUAGCACAGUCUUAACGCCACCAAAAUGAUUUAGGAAUACCCCUCUACAUUUUACAUUGCUUGUGUGAACCUUCUAGCGUAAACCAAUAAAACUUUACUGGCCGCAUUAUACACAAAUUCUGUUCUUCAAUUUACUGUUAAAUCUACAACACAGGUUUAAGAAGAUCUCGUUCUUUGUCCCGAUCUACUGCCAAGAAAUCUCGAUCAAGUAGUUCUAAGGUAUGUUACACAGAGUUUAACCAGUCACCACGGCGGCGAAAACAUCACUUAAGAAGUGAGUUCGUGCUGUUUCGGACUUAAUCGGUGAAACGGGCAACCAAAAAAGAGCAAAUCAGUGUUUUGCAACAUUGCUACAAAACGAGUUGAAUAGCAUUGUUGCACGUUUUACCAGCCACGAAUAGUUUUUGCAGGCUGUGAAUAAUAGCUGCAGAAAGUAGAAAGUCAGUACAAAGUAGUUCGACUUUUUACAACAAAAUCUGUCCAUGUUGCGAGUUUGAGCGACCCAGACUUUAUUAACAACAAGUGACAAAGUAACUCCCCUGUACGGCAUGACUCCCGCGUAAUUCUAUCCAAUCAGAAGUCAGUAUUUUUAAGCAACUUGCAGCAGCCUGAUUUGUUGCAAGACAGGUUUAACAUGGGUGAUAAAACCCGCGACAUCAUUUUUCAACUUGUUUUGCAGCAAUUUUGCAAAACACGUUGCACGUUUUUGUCAAAGUCCGUUUCACUGUAGCCUUAUUCCUUCUCUUUCAAUACGUCAAAUUUUGACAAAUUUUUUCUGGAGUUGAAUUCUAAAGGACUGUAUCUGAGUUCAAAAGAAGAAAAAGAAAACUGUUGUCUAGUGUUCACGUCGUCCAUAAUUAAAAUGGGAAAUUAGGAGGUUCACGUUGUAGUCGUGCAACGACGGCAACGAAAUGUACAAAAAAGCGUGAUGCACGUGCAGAAUUGUUGUUUUGCCAAUCCAAACUCCUUGAUUUGUCCCGUUUUCAUUGCCGUCAACAUUAAUUGAUCAUUAGUUUCUACAGUUAGAACGUUCGAUGUUUUGACCUUUGGUACUCUAGAUUGAGAGAACCAUGUCAUGAGGAUAAUGAAAAAUUUAUACAAAUUUGGCUGGGUUUCUUUCGGGAGCUCGUAGCAUCUAUUUCUUCCGUCUUAGUCGCCCAGAAAUUAUAUGCACGCUACUUUUUACUUUCAGAGUGACGGGGCGGCCAGCCCAGCAUCAAGUCACUCAAGCCAGUUUGACGAAAUGAUAGCAGCGAGGAGACGCAGGAUGGCCCAGGACAAACAGGUAUAGUUCUUCUUAGCCUGAUGAUACCGGAAGGUUAAGGGAGGGGUGGGAUUGGGCGACGGCUAACGAUAAACUCUCACCUGUCGGCUCACUCGAACUCAGUUGGAAUAUUUCAUUCACGCUUUGCACAACUUACCUUUUUUUCCUCUUCAGGAAAAAGCAAGACGCGCUAGAGAAGAAGGGCAUGAAGACGAGAUUGACGACGACGAUCUUCUUAUGAAAGAGAAAGCGAUGCUUUUCUCAGAUUACCAUCAACCUUAUCACUUCUUGUCCAAGGAGAAAGAUACACAGGCGGCUUCAAACAGACGAGAGCAGCCUGGGUCAAGCAGACCUAGUCCUCCUAGGAGAAGCAGGCGCCCGGCUAUGGAUCAAGAUGGUUCAGAUGUUUAG